AUGUCGGACAGUCAGCCAUAUCGACGCCCGAGCACCAUAUACCCACCUCCACACGUAGCGUCCCAGCAGUUCCCCGAAGUCGGCAUCGAGGACUGGAGCUGCGCGCUGGCUCAACUUGUGGAGCUCGCACGAAUGAGGAUCGCAGACCACGGCGGUCUCCUAUCGGACCUCUAUCAGCUCCAACAGCAAGGCAACCCCUUCCUCAGCGCCGCAGCCUCAGCCAACAUGUUUCCCCCAUCUCUUGGCGGCCUUCCGAGAGUGGAACGGCGAUUCCGCCAACAAUUAUCAGCUUUUCAAGACAGUCAUCACCAAGUUCGCCGAUGA